GACAGAAAUAAACGUCUUAAACCUACAACAAACAGAAAAUUUUAAAAUUUCAAUGAAAAUUCUUAAUUUUCCGUCUUUGUGUUUAAUUAACCUGAACGAAACUAAUGUGAAUACGAAAAAGUGAAAUGAAUUCGGAAUCGUGGAACUUAAUAAAACAAUUGUUACCAGAAACUUACGUUCAACAAGCCAACAAUGCAGCGAAUUCAAGAGAAAAUAUAAUUAGAGAAUUUUUACAACACAGAAAUUGGCCAAAAAAUGGAUGGAAAGAUGAUUUAAUUGAACAAUUUUUAAAUGAAUUAGCAUCAAUGGAUUCGAAUAAUUUUUCGUCUAAUUGCGGAUUGGGAGAACGUGAAGCUCGUUUUGCAUCUGAUAUUGUAGCUAGGCGACAUUUUCGAUUUGGCCAUGGAGUUGGUCGAUCUGGAAAUUUAACUGAAAUUCAACCAAAAGCUGCAGGUUCUAGUUUAAUGUCACAGCUAGUGCAUUCAAUGAUUCAAGAUAGUAUGAAAUUAAUGGGUAUUCAAUCCAAAUUAAAAUGUUUAUUAGUACCAAUGGCCACUGGAAUGAGUUUAGUUAUAAGUAUGUUAACGUUAAAACAUCAAAGAUUCAAUAGUAAAUACGUUAUAUGGUCACGAAUAGAUCAAAAAUCAUGUUUUAAAAGUAUAUUAACGGCGGGAUGUAUUCCAAUUGUUGUAAAUUGUGUUAAAGAUGAAACAGGUGAACUUCAAACCAAUUUAAGUGAGAUUGAUAAACAAAUAAAUGAAUUAGGUGCAAAUAAUAUUUUAUGUAUAAUGACAACGACAAGUUGUUUUGCACCUAGAGCAUGUGAUUCAGUAGAAGAUGUAGCCCAACUUGCAAAAAACUACGAUAUACCACACGUUAUAAAUAAUGCAUAUGGAUUACAGAGUACUUACUGCAUGCAUCGGAUACAAACUGCAUCUAAGAAAGGGCGUGUAGAUGUUUUUGUGCAAAGUACAGAUAAAAAUUUUUUAGUUCCAGUUGGUGCAACUAUUAUAGCUGGAUAUAAUGAAAAAUUGAUUUCGGAUAUAGCUAGCAUUUAUCCAGGACGAGCAUCGUCAUCACCAAUGAUUGAUUUAUUUAUAACUAUGCUACAUCUAGGGCAGAACGGAUAUCUAGAGUUAUGUAACGCACGGAAGCGUUUACACAAUUAUUUAAAAGAACAAAUGACUAUAGUAGCUGAAGAGUUUAAUGAAAAAAUUAUAACCACUAAACAUAAUCCCAUUUCUAUUGCUAUGACACUAAAAUCUAUAGAAACCAAAAACUUAACUCAACUUGGAUCAAUGUUAUUUGUGCGGAAUGUAUCUGGGACACGUGUUGUUAAAGCCACUGACAUCGUAAAUAUAAGUGGAUUUAAAUUCAUUGGCUGGGGAUCUCAUUACGAUGACUAUGGAAGUCCAUAUUUAACUGCAGCUGCGGCAAUCGGCGUUCAACAAUGUGAAAUUGAUACAUUUAUUAAAAAGUUACGUGAUACUUUGAGUAAAAUAUCAAAAUUUUAGACAUGAAAACGUGCCAGGCUCGAAAUAAAUCCCAUUCAAUUUAAGUAAAAAUUGUAACCAUUCGGAGGUUAGUCGUUUCGUAACUCUAAAUUGGAUAACUCUGAAUGAUUCACUAUUAUAAAUGUUAAAUGGAAGGAGAACCAUGAUCUCUCA